AUGUUCUCCGCUAGGCAGAUAUUCGCACAGGUCCAGCGCCGCGGCUUCGCGGCGUCUGCCCGCCAGUCGUCCAAGGUCACCGUCCUCGGUGCUGCCGGUGGCAUUGGCCAGCCUUUGUCCCUCCUUCUCAAGCUCAACCCCAGAGUUAGCCAGCUUGCUCUUUACGAUAUCCGUCUUGCUCCCGGUGUCGCUGCCGACAUUGGCCACAUUAACACCAAGAGCGAGGUCCGCGGAUACGACCCCACUCCCUCUGGCCUCGCCGAGGCCCUCAAGGGCUCUGAGAUCGUUCUCAUCCCCGCUGGUGUUCCCCGCAAGCCCGGCAUGACCCGUGACGAUUUGUUCAACACCAACGCCUCCAUCGUCCGUGAUUUGGCCAAGGCCGCCGCCGACCACGCCCCCGAGGCCAACAUCCUCAUCAUCUCCAACCCUGUCAACUCGACCGUCCCUAUCACCGCCGAGGUCUUCAAGUCCAAGGGCGUCUACAACCCCAAGCGCCUCUUCGGUGUCACCACCCUUGACGUUGUCCGCGCCUCCCGCUUCAUCUCCCAGCUCAAGAACACCGACCCCGCCAACGAGAACAUCACCGUCGUCGGUGGCCACUCUGGUGCUACCAUCGUUCCCCUCCUCUCCCAGGCCGGCUUCAACCUCGAAGGCGAGCAGCUCGAUCAGUACGUCCACCGCGUCCAGUUCGGUGGUGACGAGGUCGUCCAGGCCAAGGAUGGUGCCGGUUCCGCCACCCUCUCCAUGGCCAUGGCUGGUGCCCGCUUCGCUGAGUCCCUCCUCAAGGCCGCCCAGGGCCAGAAGAACGUCAUCGAGCCCACCUUCGUCGACUCUCCUCUCUACAAGGACCAGGGUGUCGAGUACUUCGCUUCCAACGUCGAGCUCGGCCCCAAUGGUGUCGAGAAGAUCCACCCCGUUGGCAAGAUCACCGACUACGAGCAGAAGCUCCUCGAUGUCUGCCUCAAGGACCUUGCUGGCAACAUCAACAAGGGUAUCAAGUUCGUCAAGGAGAACCCUUAA